ACCCCAACACCCCAGAAAUUAGAAAAUUCUGUAAAAAGAUUUGAUUUUUAGGGGAAUUUUUUUUAUUAGAAUGGAUGAACUGUGAAGCGGUCUUCAAAUGUCGUGCAUGCAUAUCGUUGCACUUGCACCCAUUUUCUCUCUGCAUGCCUAAACGUUUUUUUCUCUCUCCUCGCUUCCCUUUCUCUCUCUAAACAUAUAGAUAAAUCGUCUUUUUGGUUUUACUAUAUUCAACUUGAUUUAUCUCUGCCAUUUUAGCCGAAUCGGCCACCGACCUGCCGUUGUUUUAAUUUUAAUUUUAACUUUUUUUUUAUUUAAUUGCGGAUGUCUCAGAUUCAAUUUGAGGUCUCAAGUCAAGUCUACAUGGAUUCUGCAAUUGGGCGCAUGAGUUCUGUUUUUGUUUGAGGAUGAGCACAUGCGGACGUUGGAUUCAUUAGAUUCGGACGAGGAAAUCAGGGAUUAGGAACUGAAUUCGCGAGAAAUGGGGUCCAAGAAUUGCAUGAAUGAGGCGUGCCGCGGAACGACGUCGUCGGAUUCGAAGAAAGGUUGGAGCUUGAAAUCCGGUGGAUUUGCUGGGCUUUGUUACAAGUGCGGAUCUGCGUAUGAGAACUCUGUUUUCUGUGAAACAUACCAUCAAGACGAAUCUGGUUGGAGGGAAUGCAGAAUAUGUGGAAAGAUUGUUCACUGUGGAUGUAUUGCUUCAAAACAUCUAUUUGAAUACAUGGAAUUCGGCGGUGUUUCAUGCAUAAGUUGUGCCAAGCGUUUGGAAAUUCAGUCUCCACAACCAGUACAGGUUCCUAAUAAUAUUACAAGCAUCAAAUCUGCCAACAAAACUUUUAUUAGGGAGGCCCAGCCGGUAGUUAUUGAACGUAGGGUUGAAGAUGAGAAAUUUAGCACACAAAAGCUUCUGCAGCUGACGAGGGCUAUAGGGGCCAAUAGCGUACCUUCAUCAGUCGAGCUUAAAAAAGACGAAUCCAUGCUUAGAUCUGCAGAAAGUAGUAAACGCGUACAGAAUCACUCUCAAAAUUGUUCAUCACCAGUUUUUGUCAAACCCGACUACAGCAGACCGAAACAAGGGGUCAAAGAUAUGUAUGAAUCUCUAGCUCUUCCGUCGCUGAAGUUUUCGUUGUGUUCUCCUUUGGGUAGUUCAAACAGUGUGCUGCCUAUUCCUGUUCCCGGUGGGCCUGUUCCUGGUGGGAUAGUGGAAGCAAAUGAACCGACAAAAGGUUCUUUGCAACAUGGGCAAAGGGCACGUCAUAUUUCACCCAAACCCCCCAAACCUAGCUCAGAGGCGAAUAAAGGGUCUUCUUCACAGACACGUAUUCCUAGGCCUCCAGCUGAAGGCCGAGGACGCAGUCAGUUACUUCCUCGGUACUGGCCUAGGAUCACGGACCAAGAGCUGCAACAGUUAUCUGGAGAUUUGAAAUCCACUAUUGUACCAUUGUUCGAGAAGACUCUUAGUGCCAGUGAUGCUGGGCGAAUUGGUCGCCUGGUCCUUCCAAAAGCGUGUGCUGAAGCGUAUUUUCCUACUAUCAAUCAGUCGGAAGGUAUACCUAUAAGAAUUCAGGACAUAAAGGGAAAAGAGUGGACAUUUCAGUUCAGAUUUUGGCCUAAUAAUAAUAGUCGGAUGUAUGUUUUGGAGGGAGUAACCCCAUGCAUUCAAAAUAUGCAGUUACAAGCUGGUGACACAGUGAUAUUUAGUCGGAUAGAUCCUGGGGGCCAGCUUGUCAUAGGCUGUCGGAAGGCAGCUACCAACGCUGAUGUGCAGGAGCCACAACAACCACCAGCCUUGAACUGCGAUUCACCGGGGGAGGCGUCGUUUUCUGGGGUUAAUGAUACUCCGACUUCUAACGGAGGCAGAGCAUCUGAUGAUUCACAACUACCACAUCUGACCAUAUCUGAGAAAAAGAAGGCUAGAAACAUUAAAAACAAGAGGCUUCACAUGCACAACGACGAGGCUUCAGAACUUAGGGUCACUUGGGAAGAAGCUCAGGAGCUUUUUCGCCCAGCUCCAUCUUCUGAGCCAACUGUGAUCACAGUUGAUGGGUACGAAUUUGAAGAAUUUGAGGAACCACCCGUUUUUGGAAAGAGGACUAUUUUCAUUACUCAACCUUCUGGUGAGCAGGAACAACUGGCUCAAUGUGACAGUUGUUCUAAGUGGCGAAGGUUGCCUGUCAGCGCUCUUGUCUCUGCAAAGUGGAUGUGUUCUGAUAAUACCUGGGACUCGAGCAGGGCCUCGUGUUCUGCUCCAGAGGAUUUAAGCCCGAGAGAUCUCGAGCCCUCGAGUGUUAACAAAGAAAAUAAGAAGCGAAAGGUUUCAGAAAGCGCUGGGCCGAAAGAAGGGGAGCCGUCCGGGCUGGACGCCCUGGCGAAUGCUGCGGUUCUCGGCGACAACAUAGCCGAUAUGGGGGAUUACUCAGCUGGAGCCACCACAAAGCACCCGCGCCACCGUCCUGGCUGCUCGUGCAUCGUCUGCAUCCAGCCGCCAAGCGGGAAGGGGAAGCACGAGCCCACGUGCAAGUGCAACGUCUGCCUGACCGUCAGGCGGCGCUUCAAGACACUGAUGAUGCGCAAGAAGAAACGGCAGUCGGAGCGCGAGGCUGAGCUCGCGCAGGAGAAGGAGGACAGCAAGACCGCCGCUAAACUCGAGCUCGAGAAGGAGGACAUUGCCGGGCUGGCGCUGCUCAACAUGAACAACCUGGAGAACGAGACGGGAAACAACGGGGUCCACGCGAAUGCGGAGGAGACGAGCAAGGGAGGAGGGUUGGACUUGAACUGCGAUCCCCACCGGGAAGACGAGAUCCUCGCGGAUGCAUCGGGUAUGAGCUUGACUACAUUGAUGAACACGGCUGCUUUCCCUGUGGAAGUGUACGCGGGGCAGAAUGGGGCUGUGCCGAGCUCGGGAUCUUGCUCGGCUGCUGGAGAAAAGGCGGCUGACGGCGGAGGCGGAGGCACUGUGGAAGGCAAAGAGGGAUGAUGUUCUUUGUUUUGUUGUUGAGAUGAUAUAGAGAUUUUCUUUAGAGAGGCGUUUUAGUUGGUUUAGAUUAUUAGUACAUUUUAUCUUGUUAAAACUGUGUAGAUAUUUACAUAUAUUUAUAUCGUUUUGGUUUGUGUUGGUGGA